AUGAAGGUUGAGAUCACUGCUUUAUCCAAUUAUGAGGAGAAGGAGGAGAAGUUCAAAGAGGAGGUUGCUCAACUGAGGCAGCGAUUUUUCCAUUCUAUUUCUCCUGGAGGGCUUGCUGGUGAUAGACGUGGUGUUGUCCCUGCUUCUGUAUUUUCGUUUAGUGCACAGCUGAUAUGGAAAGUUAUAAAAGAGAACAAGGAUUUGGAUCUUCCUGCUCACAAGGUAAUGGUUGCCACUGUCCGGUGUGAAGAGAUUGCCAAUGAGAAGUUAAGUCGCUUGACCUCUGAUAAGGCUUGGUUGGCACUAGAGGAAGCUAUUCAAGCAGCUCCAGUAUCAAGUUUUGGGAAACAGCUCAGCUCAAUUUUAGAAAAAUAUUUUUCAGAAUAUGACAUGGAGACAGAAUACUAUGAUGAAGGUGUACGAAAUGCAAAACGACGGCAACUGGAGUCAAAAGCAUUGGAUUUUGUUCACCCUGCAUUCACCACCUUGUUGGGACAUCUGCGUUCUAAAGCUCUCGAGAGUUUUAAGAGUAGACUGGAGCAGUCAUUGAACAAAGGAGAAGGGUUUGCUACAUCUGUUCGUACUUGUACUCAUUCUUGUUUGCUCGAGUUUGACCAAGGAUGUGCAGAUGCUACCAUAAGUCAGGCUAAUUGGGAUGCUUCAAAAGUCUCUGACGAACUUCAGCGUCAUAUUGAUGUACAUGCAUCAUCUGUUCGUAGUGCAGAGUUGUUGAAAAUGAUAGCCAGUUAUGAGGAACAACUAAACCUGGCACUGACGAAGCCGGUAGAAUCCUCACUUGAAGCUGGUCAGACAGACACCUGGGCUUCAAUAAGAGAACUUCUUAAAGGUGAGACUCAGGUUGCUAUAGCAAAGCUUUCAACUAACAUUGCUGGUUUUGAGUUGGACCAAGCGACAGUUGACAAAAAGGUGCAAAAAUUGAGGGACUAUGGAAGAGACUUGGUGGAGAAAAAGGCAAGAGAAAAAGCUGGAGAAGUUUUGAUUCGUAUGAAAGCUAGGUUUUCAACCGUAUUCAAAAAAGACAAUGGAAAGGAUGCACUCUCUGCGUCUCUAAAGCUUUUAUCUGUUAUGGCUGCCAUACGCUUGGAUGAGAAGCCUGAUAAGAUUGAAGAAUUACUUUUUUCCUCUCUCAUGGAUGGUGCUGUUGCUCUUCCAUCUUCUGAGGAUGGGAGCAUCAGAGCUCCUACAAAUGGUCUUGCCUCAAGCACUUGGGAGGAGGUUUCUCCAAAGGAUACGUUAAUUACACUAGAGCAGUGUGCGUCUUUGUGGAGAGAGUUCAAAGCAUGGGCGGAGGAUAAAAUCAGGGAAGCUGAGAAAAUCAUGGAAGCUGAGAAGAGGAAAAAGGAAAAACUUCAAAUUGACUACUCCUUUUGGGAUGAUAGUGCAGAUGUGGCUAGCACUUUUUCUUGGGUCCUUACAGCCUACCACCCCGACAUUGAUGACCUCUCGAGGCGAAACGGGAGUGACUGA